AUGAAAAAAUUUAAAUUAAUUUUAAAUUUAUUUGUUUUAACAACAACUUUUAAUAUAAUCUAUGGCUCUCAAUGUACACAAGAUUAUCAGUGCGGUACUUAUCCCUAUGCUGCAUGUAAUGGUGCUUUAAAUUUAGGCUAUGGUAUUGCAUACAACUCAAAUAAUAAAAAUUUAAUAGUUUCAGGUAAAUAUAAUUCAAGUGAUUAUGGUCCAUUUGGUUAUCCAUAUAUUUUUGAUCUUAGUACCAACGUCAACAAUGGAUCAGAAGCAACAUUAGAAACAAAGAAUAAAAUAUCUGGUGAAAUUUUAUACCCAGGAGCAGGUUUUACAACUUUCUAUAAGAUUUAUCAAUAUGCCCCAAUCCACAAUUACCUCUAUAUAACCUUUUAUCAAGCUGGAAGCAACAUUUACGCCAUGUAUGAUCAAGCUACCUCAACUAUUAAACAAAUUUUAAAUAUCUGGGGUAUUCCUUUCACUGUUGGCAUUAAUAAAGAAGAAACAAUGACUGUUUUCGGUGAAUAUGGUAUUUACUUGAUCAACACUAUACCAAAAGAAAGAUCCGAUUUCUUAAAUGCAACAGUUUUAUAUCAAAAUCAAAUCACCAAUGGUAUUAUUUUAGAUGGAAAAGAUAUUUAUAUUUCAACCUAUGAUGGUAAAUUUUAUUUAGGUAAUACCGAUUGCAGAAAUUGUACCCAAGAUAAGUUAAAAUUAAUUUACACAGAUUCCUCAGCCCAAACCAGUACUGGAUUUUUAAAGGUCAAUGAUAUGAUUUACUAUUCAAAUGAAGGUGGAAUCAAAGGUUUUUCAACACAAGGAGAUCACCCAGUUCAAUUAACCAAUGAUAGUAUUUCAUCAAUGACUACAGACGGUGAAAAAAUAUAUUACAUUACCACAGGUACCACCACCUCAUCAUUUACAAACAAUGGUGUAGUCAAGUCAGUAACCUUACCAACUCCAAGUAGUGAAAGUAAUAAACCAACAUUAAUUUAUACACCAAAAUCAGAUAAUCAAUGUCAAUGUGCUGUUGGUUUUACAGGUGAUAAAUGUGAAAAAUGUGAUGGUAAAGUUCUUUGGUUCAAUGGUAUUCCACAAUGCACACCAAUUAAUCCAGUUACAGGUUAUCCAGAAACCUGUUAUACCAGUCAAGAUUGUUCAAAUAGUCAAUUUAUAAACUGUAAUUCAAAUUCCCAUUGUGAAUGUUUACCAGGUUUUACUGCCACUAAAAAUGAUUGUAUUUGUUCAAAUGGUGAAGUUGUAUGGACCCAAGGUUAUCCAUCAUGUGUUAAUCAUACUUCAACACAAUAAUUUUAAUUAUAUUAUAUUUUUUAUAAAAAAAUUAAUAAAUUAAAUUUAAUUAAAACCU